GGUAUAGAUAAGUGAUUUUGAAUAAAGUUCACAACUUUGAUGCAAUAAAGUUCACAACUUUGAUGCAAUAAAGUUCACAACUUUGAUGCAAUAAAGUUCACAACUUUGAUGCAGAAUAAAAUAUUAUCCGUGCUUUUUGUUGCUGAGAAAUCAAAGCACCAGUAUGCCGUUACAUCGAACAAUGAUGGUUUAUGCAACUUUAUGGACCGCAGCAGACAUUGUGGAACAAAAAUACAUAUCUAAGAAAGAACAACAUAAUGUACAAAAAACUGUCAGGAUUGCUACUGUUGGAACCUUUGUGAUAGCACCAUUAGUAUUUAACUGGAUAAAACUGGCAGAGAGAUUGUUUCCUGGAAAAAGUGUCAGAACAGUGUUGACAAAAGUUCUUAUUGAGCAGUUUACAUUUGCACCUGUAUCAAUAACAAGCUUCUAUGCAGCUACAAGCUUAUUAGAACGUAAAAAUUUCAUAGAAGAACUAAAGGACAAAUUUCCAGUUACAUGGAAGACUGGAAUAACAUUCUGGCCUUUCCUUCAAGUGAUCAACUUUGGACUUGUACCAUUGAAUUACCGUCCUUUUGUGGUGGCUGGAGGGUCAUUUGUAUGGUCAAUAUUUCUAUGUUUUAUGAAGGAAGAUAAAAAGAAUGGAGGAGCAAUAGAAUUAGAGAUAGUUCCACCAAUAACUCAAAAGAAGGAAACCAAAAAUACAAGUUAAUGAAUGUUAAGCUUAGGCACCUAUCAAAUCUGUGAUUAAUUUUAAUUAUUGUGAAUAUUCAGGAUUUUAUAAAUUAGUUAAGAUUUUCAAAUUUUAUACCACUGUGGAUUCAUUUGUAUUUGCUGGUAUCAAUUUUCAUGUUUUGGGGAAGAUAGCUAUUUUGAUGGUAAAAUGUACUUUAGU